CUCUGCACACCCCUGAAGCGUUUGCUGUCCCUCCCUGCUGCGUUGAUGCCAAGCUCCGAAUGUUCGCGACACUACGUGCAUGCAAAUUACGUACGUGACCAAGUAUAUAAUGUGCCCUCGGCUCCUAAGUUUAGCCAACACAAGAGCAAGAACAGCAAGCUAUUAAGAGAAAUCGGUGGUCCUCCCUGCCGAUCGAAUUCCAUCGAUCCAUGGUUGCGGGUGCAUCAACCGAUCAUGCGGCAUCUCCAACGGGAUCACAAGAGAUCAACCGAUUGAAUUGAGAGAAGAAUGGAUGAGGUGGAGCAGCAGCUGUCCAAGGAGCAGAUCGACGAGUUCCGGGAGGCCUUCAGCCUCUUCGACAAAGAUGGCGACGGGACGAUCACGACCAAGGAGCUCGGGACGGUGAUGCGUUCGCUGGGGCAGAGCCCCACGGAGGCGGAGCUGCAGGACAUGGUCGACGAGGUGGACGCCGACGGCAGCGGCGCCAUAGACUUCCACGAGUUCCUCACCCUCCUCGCCCGCAAGAUGCGAGACGCCGGCGCCGACGACGAGCUCCGCGAGGCCUUCCGCGUCUUCGACCAGGACCAGAACGGUUUCAUCUCCCGCGACGAGCUGCGCCACGUCCUGGAGAACCUCGGGGAGCGCCUCUCCGACUACGAGCUCGCCGAGAUGCUCCGCGAGGCAGACGUCGACGGCGACGGGCAGAUCAACUACACCGAGUUCGCAAAGGUCAUGAUGGCAAAACGAAGGCAGCAUAUGAUGGACGACGAGGGGAGUCAUGGAUCUCACUCUCACCGGAGCGACAUCUGCUGUACAAUCCUCUGAAACUCACCGAGACACCCAGCCAGAGAAAUGUAAAAAGCAAGCAAGUAACUGCAUGAUUUACAGUGUAAACGGGAAAUGAAAUGAUGACCAAUAUGAGUUCCCAAUUGAUUUGC